AUGGAGGUAGAAAGCGAAGCCAGCUGCUCCCCCAGCCGCGCAUCAGGCGGGUCCAGAGAGUACAAGGUGGUAAUGCUGGGAGCUGGGGGAGUUGGUAAAAGCGCAAUGACAAUGCAGUUUAUUAGUCAUCAGUUUCCUGAUUAUCAUGACCCCACUAUUGAAGAUGCUUAUAAGACCCAGGUUAGAAUUGACAAUGAGCCAGCUUAUUUGGACAUUUUGGACACUGCUGGUCAGGCAGAAUUCACAGCCAUGCGGGAGCAGUAUAUGCGAGGUGGAGAGGGAUUCAUCAUCUGCUACUCUGUCACUGACCGCCAGUCAUUCCAGGAAGCUGCCAAGUUUAAAGAGCUCAUUUUUCAAGUCCGCCACACCUAUGAAAUUCCCUUGGUGCUGGUGGGUAACAAAAUUGACCUAGAACAGUUCCGCCAGGUAUCUACAGAAGAAGGCUUGAGUCUGGCCAGGGAAUAUAACUGUGCUUUUUUUGAGACUUCUGCAGCCCUCAGAUUCUGCAUUGAUGACGCCUUUCACGGUCUAGUGAGGGAAAUCCGCAAGAAAGAGUCCAUGCCAUCCUUGAUGGAAAAGAAACUGAAGAGAAAAGACAGCCUAUGGAAGAAGUUAAAAGGCUCACUGAAGAAGAAGAAAGAAAGCACGACAUGA